AUGUCGCAGCAACCCCAGGGCAUGCAGCCCAUGAUGCAGGACCCGUCCCAGGAUAUGUCGGGCAACUACUACCCCCAGGAGAGCGACCUCACAGGUGGGCUCCCUAUUAACCUCGACUCCCUGCGCGAUGGGCCUCCCGGCAGCAAGCCCUUCUACCCGUAUUCGACGCUCAUUCGUUAUGCAAUCAAGGGUUCUCCGAACCAAAAGCUAUUGCUUGAGGAUAUUUACUACGCCAUAGAAUCACGAUUCCCCUACUUCAGGACGGCGCCAAAUGGUUGGAAGAACUCGGUUCGACACAACCUUUCGCUCAAUCCGUGCUUCGAGAAGGUUCCUCGUCCUCUCACAGAUCGCGGCAAAGGAUCGUACUGGACCGUGAAUGAGAAUGUAGAUCCUCGCACUGGUGUCCACCGCAUCCGUAAGAAGAAGGCGAAGGGCUCGAAGAGUCGUACUUCAGAGGAACCUGAUGCGGAUUACCAUCCUCCUGAAGGCACCUACGAAGAACAGCAUCAACAAUUUGUCGCCACGCCGCCUAUCCAUACCGAAGAUGCCUCGGCAAAUCGCCAACCACAGCAACAGCCAGUUCCGUAUCCGCCUUAUCCUUACAGCCCCAUGACAUUUGACCCCAACUUCCCCAUGAUCCCUGGCUUGCGUUAUCCUCCGCCAAUCCCUGGCCCGAUUCCCCCUGUCCCGAUCUCGGCUGAUGAAGGCCUCGAGUUGGACGAGCACGGCAAUGUCAACUGGCGCCUCGCUUGGCUCAAGGAAAUAGGGCACUUGCAGCAAAUUACGGCCGAACAGGAGAAGGCUGGGGUCGAUGCUGAGUGGUACAGGAUGAUGCUGUUCCGUGUUCGCAGUGCCUUGAUGCCGCCUCCACCGAUGAACCCAGAGAUGAUGCAUGCCAUGGCGGCGGCACCACACAUGCAACCGCCUCAGCCCGGGGAAAUCCAGCAGCAAGCCCAGCAACAACCGCAGUGA